AUGGCGCGGGAUGCCACAGAUAUUCGGUCUCGAAAAACACUCAUGCUCGCUUUUUAUUUUCCUGGGAUAGAUAAACGGGAAGACGAAGUGUCCGAGGCGCAUACCAAAACGUUUCUUUGGAUUUUCGAUGGAUACUCCACAGACGACCAUAACGAAGUUAUAUCGAGCGCCACGGACACAACUAGAGAUAAAGAAAAGAUCGAAGUCGAGCACAUCGAAACGGGAAAAGCAAUAAACAACGCAGACGCAGAAGGGGGCCACCCAUCCAAUUCGAAAUCCACAGCUUUGAGGUCCACCAAAGUGGACAAACCCGGUUCGAACAGUAAAUGGAAAGUCAAAGUGGAAAUCAAGUACCCUAAAUUUGAAUUUGAUACACCAUUGAUUCAACUACAAGGCCCUUCUGACACUUCUGACAGCGAAGAAGGUGACGAGGAUACCACAUUACCCGCGAAUACGUUUCAAGGCAGCCCUUCUCGUGAUGCUGAGCAAAGUUGGUACGAAGAUCUGCCUCCGGUCAAGAACACAGGCUUUGUUCCCUGGCUGCGCUCUGGAUCGGGUAUUUAUUGGAUAUCUGGCAAGCCUGGUGGAGGAAAGAGCGCCUUGGUGAAAUUUGUCUAUUCACAUGCAGUAACCGCCGAAGCACUGGCCGAAUGGAAGGGAACUGCAGACUAUCUAGUGACCACAUGCCACCACUUCUGGUCUGCCGGCUUCGACCUGCAGAAAUCAGAAGAAGGCCUACUCCGGUCUAUCCUAUUUCAAAUUGCGGCAUCAUUCCCAAGUAUCGUGGCAUCCGUCUGUUCCGAACGCGAUAUUGGGCUUAGGGGAGACCGUGGCAUGUCGUGGACGAUAGGAGAACUUUGGGACAUCCUGACACGGGUAAUCAAGUGCCCCGAGACAAUGCAAAUAUCAGUCAAAUUCGCUUUAUUCAUUGAUGGGCUGGAUGAAUACGACGGCGACCAAGACGAAAUACUGCGUCGUUUGAAAUCAUUCGCGGCACUACCGCAUACGAAAAUAUGUGCAGCAAGUCGCGAAUGGUCCGUAUUCUACCGCCAUUUCAUGUCCGACGACGUCGUCCCAGUUCUCCAGAUCAAGGUGCACGAAUACACCUAUAGAGAUAUAUACCGUUAUAGCAAGGAUAAGCUAGACGGCAAGCAUCAGCCAGCUCGUUUUGCACCCACGGUGGCCGAGCGGCAGGUUUUGAUCAGAGAGGUGGUCGAUCGAGCGCAAGGUGUCUUCCUUUGGGUCAACCUUACUUUGGUCAAGGAAAACGGAGUUGGACACUCGAAGACGCUUGGAAUAUUGGUCCUGGCCUUUCGACCCGUCAAAUAA